AUGACAGUCAAGGUGGGAGACAAGGUGGCUGUUUACGGCUUUCCUGCAACAGUGAAGUAUGUGGGCACCUUCCCCCCGCCUAAGGGAGGAAGCACUGGAACAGCGCAUCUUUCAGGGCCUGUUGUUGGUGUUGAAUUUCAUAAGAGAGGUAUUGGCAACUGCGAUGGCACUUACCAUGGCCAUCGCUACUUCCAGUGUGCCCCAGGCAUGGGCCGUUUGGUUCGCGCUUUUUCAGUGAAGCCCUUCAGCAAGGAGACGUGCGCAGCGACACGAAUUCAAACAUCUUACAGGCGCCAUCGCGCAGCAGAAACAUUUCAAGAGUUGGCAGCUUUUCGCUUUUGGAAUGAAUUGGAUCACUUUGAGGAGAAAGACGCACUGGUGAACAACAGGGACGUGGGUACUCCUACUUUGAACACAAUAAAGAAGCAAAUUCAUGAUGAAGACUUCUUAGAUCUGCAAGAGGUUCCCGCUGAACGGCCCCACACCUCUUCAUCAACUUUGCAGGUGCCGGGGGCAGCAGCAUCGACAGCACCUGGAGGCAGAAUGGCUAGAAGAAGAUCAUCUACUCGAAAACGCCAGAGUAUUGAUGCCUCUACAAUAGCAGAAGAAGGAAUACCCCCCGGUUAUUCGGGGCCGCACUUAACUUGGCCCAUCACCAGAGAAUUCGCUCUCGACCUUAUUGACCACUUCAGAGAACACCCAGAUGUGCCUUUGCCUCGUAAAUAUGCUUUGGAGUUGGUGAUGGCUGUUGAAGAACAUUAUAAACAAACCAUGAAAGGAGCAGUAGCAGAAGUGGAAAUCCCUAAAAAGCCUGGUGGUCGUCUUGUGCUAGUAGGAGAUACCCACGGUCAGCUCAACGACGUGUUGUGGAUUUUGUACAAAUUCGGCCCCCCUUCUGCAACUAACGUGUAUUUGUUUAAUGGCGAUAUUGCAGACCGUGGUCGCAGCGCUGUUGAGAUAUUUUUGUUGCUGUUUGCGUUUAAAUUGAAUUGCCCUGGUAGUGUUAUAAUAAACCGAGGUAAUCAUGAAAGUGCAGAUAUGAAUGAGGUGUAUGGGUUUGCACAAGAGGUGCGACAAAAGUAUGGGGGUUUGUUAUAUCAAAAAUUUCAAGAUAUAUUUCAUUUAUUACCUUUAUGCGUGGUUCUAGAGAAGAGGGUUUUUAUUGUGCACGGGGGGCUUUGUAGAAAAGAUAAUAUUACACUUCAUCAUAUUGACAAACUCCACAGGCAGAGACCUUGCCCUGCCUCUCCUCAUUCAUUUGAAGAUACUCUUAUGUUUGAUCUUCUUUGGGCUGACCCUCAACCGGAUAGAGGGAGAGGCUGGAGUACAAGAGGCGCUGAUUGCAUUGCCUUUGGGCCCGACGUUACCGAUGCAUUCCUCACAAAAAAUAACCUAGAAGUUUGCAUUCGAUCACAUCAAGUCCCAACGAAUUUACGUGGGUUUGAACCUGUGCACGACGGGCGUUGUGUAACAUUAUUUUCUGCAUCAAAUUACUGCGGGACAACUGGUAAUUACGGUGGAGUGAUAAUAUUUGAGGCGAAUUUAUCUUUUGAAAUUCAAGAGUACAUGGCUCCGUCUUUGCAAGAGAUUCAGCAGCUUCAUAGAGAGACCUGUUUAGCUACUCAGAAAGUAUUACUUCAAAAGAAAAUGAAAGAACUGGAAACGCAAACAAAAAGAGCUAAUCGAAGAAGCGCUGCAGCCAGACUUAGUCAAGAAAUUGUUCAAAAAAUGUGCAAAAUGGUAUGCGAAAAAAAACAAGAUCUUUGGUGGUGUUUCUUCAACAUGGAUGCUGAGGGAGCCGGCAAAAUUACUCCAGCACAGUGGAGAGAGGCUUGUUCGAUUGUAUUGGGGCAGGAGCUUCCAUGGGUGAAUAUAAUGAAGUGCUUAAAAGCUGUUGAUGAAGACGGGUUUGUGCAUUAUAAUGAAUUUUUAUAUCGUUAUAAAGUUGACUUCAGACCGCCUAAUUGCAAGCAUCUCAAUUGGAGACAAGAAUGCGUUGCUAGGGUAUUUGAGUCAAUAAUGAGUGCUGACUUGAGUUUAAAAGAAACGCUGAUGCUCUUUGAUAGAAAUUGUGAUGGGACAGUCUCCUUCAGAGAAUUCAAUGAACUUCUAUCUGAUCUAGACAUAGGUCUAAGCGAGCCCCAAGUAAGGAUAUUGAUGCGUCUGAUCACUGCAAGUUCUGCGUUCAAUGCUGCGGCUGGGAGCAUCGAUGUCGCUGAGUUUUUAGGUAGAUUUAAAGUUGUUUACUCAAAUUCUAUCAAAGAAGAAGCGCUUCAUUGUAUAGGGAAGGCUAUAUUAGCAGAUAAAGCAGAAGCAGCAUCUAGACAUUAUGAACAGCAACAAUUACAAGAAGGAGGCUUCGUCUCUGACUGUACUUCAAGAAGACGAAGCUCGGCUGUACGCGCAGUUGCUCUUUUCCAGAAGUUCAAAGAUUAUAAUGAAGGAGGAGAUGGGUAUUUGUCUUAUGAGGAUUUCGUGUCUGGAAUUAAACGGCUGAACAUCGAUGAAGAAGAACUUGGAUUUGCACUAACAGAUGCACAUCUUUUCCGAGUUGCAGAGGCGAUUGACUUGACGGGUUCAAAGAGAAUUAAUUAUUUGGAAUUUCUUCAGGCGUUCCACGUGGUGGACAGCAGCUCAAAUAACAACUUAGCUGAGGAACUCUGGGGGCAAAUAUGCGCGACGUUGUACCAACACUCAAACAGCAUUCGCAGAGCUCUUCAUCAAUUUGACCCCGACUUAACAGGCAAAGUGGACUCAGAAGAAUUUAGAUCAGCUCUUGUUACACUCAAUACUGUGCUCGCCAGGACUGAAGCGCCGCUAACAGAAGAGCAAAUUGAUUUGCUGGUUAACUUCAUGGACUUAGACGGCGAGGGUAUGGUUGAAUAUGAAGAGUUUUUAGAUUCUUUUAUUCCUGUAGAUAGUUAUUGUGUAGGUGCUAAUGGUCUGCCUCAGCCUCCUGCUGCAGGAGCAUCAGCUUCUGCUGCUGCUGCUGCUGCUGCAGCAGCAGCUGCUGCUGCUGCUUCUCGCGCUGCAGCAGAUCCAACAAAUGCAGCAGCAACAGAUAAUACAGCAGCAGAUUCUCCAAAUGAUAAAUCCUCUUCAGAAGCAAAUGCUUCUACAAGAGCAAAUGAAAGCAAGGCUAACGGCAGCAGCAGCAGCAGCAGCAGCAAAAGCAGCAGCAGCGAGAGCAGCAGUAGCAGUUUAGCUGCUGAAGCAUCCAGUGAUACAUCAGCUGCACAGGGGAAGAAAAAAUCUGAUUCAGGAGCAGAAGCAGCAAACAGCAAAAAACAAACUGCUGCUGCAGCAACAGCAGCAAAGAGCAGCAGCAAACAAUCUAUGGAUAUAGACAAUGGGUCUCGGCGCUUUACCUUCAGCAGUCAGGUGUUUAGCUAG